AAGAAGAAGCACGCAGUUAACAAAAGUUUCGCGAUUUUUUGUAAUAAAAUUGUACAUUUUCCGUUAGUUUCUGUUUGUUCGUCGUUCCAAAGUGCUUUGAAAUUUGAACCAUUAGAACAAAAAUAACAUGCCUCUCACGGAACGUGAGAAGACGAUCGCUACGACGGCAAUCAUCGCAUCCGUCGGAGCUGGUGCUCUAUACUUGCUAUUUAACAGACGCAAAAUAGUCCGUCGCUUUACCGAUCCGCUCUACAAUCAAUCGGUCCGGAUUGUGUCCAAUCCGGAGGAUUGCCAGAAGGUUAUCGGAUUACUGCGGGACCACUGUCGAGAAUUCCGGGUGCUUGGUUUCGACUGUGAGUGGGUCAACGAACAGGGAAACCGCCACCCGGUGGCACUACUCCAAUUGGCAUCGCACCGUGGCCUGUGCGCAUUGAUAAGGUUGUAUGAAAUGAAACGGAUUCCCCAGGAGUUGAGUGAUUUGUUGAACGAUCCCGCCAUCAUUAAGGUCGGCGUUGGACCGCUUGAGGAUGCCAAGCUUUUGAGAAAUGAUUACAACCUAAAGGUGGAAAGUACGCUGGACUUACGUCAUCUGGCGGAACGAUGUGGCCUCCCGGGACCGUAUGGGAUGGGGAAGCUUGCCGAGAGAACAUUGGGCGUCAAAUUGGACAAACACUGGCGCAUACGGGCUUCAAAUUGGGAGAAUGAUCAGCUGACAGAACGACAGGUAGCGUACGCUGCCAGCGAUGCGCAUGUGGCCAUAGAAAUGUUCCGGAAGUUUGCCAAACAGGCGGUACCGCGGGCUUUCUAUACCAGACAGAAAACCUGGCUAAAGACCGCCAUAGACGAACUGGAAUGCUUCUUUGAUCUGCGGUUCCACGAUAAACAGAGCAAUUCUAAUCCAAAAAAAGGCAGGAAGAAGUUACUGGGUGUGUCAAGUAAGACCUCAAUCGAAAUCAAACGCUCGAUGGCCACCCGAGCGAAACCACUGUACGACAACUGCCUGAUGCAGGCACCGGAUGGGGAACUCCUGUGCACUUGCGAUCGUAAGAAAGCCGAAUGGUACGUUAUCAAGGAACUGGCCGAGAUCGUGACCGAUCAACCGACAUAUACGAUUCGGUUGAAGUUUGAGCCGAAAGGACGCGCCGUUGGCGAUGUUGGCAAGUACUAUCAGAUUGCCAAGGAGAACAAAUGCGUCGUUUGUGGGGCGAAUGAUUCCUAUAUUCGGAAGAACGUCGUUCCUCGCGAUUACCGGAAGCACUUUCCCUUGGUUAUGAAAGAGCACAUCUCGCACGAUGUCCUGCUGCUGUGUGCUCCCUGUCACCGAACCAGCAAUAUGCACGACGAAAACAUGCGCCUCAGUUUGGUGUCCAAGUGCACUGCUCCCUACAAUGCCCAGGAAAACCCCAAGGAAAUCUGCGUGCAAAAUAUGUCCGAUUUGAAGAAAGCCGCCAGAGCUUUGGUGCACUGCUCCCAUAAGAUCCCGGAGGAGCGCCAAAAGGGUCUACGAAAGAAGAUUCAAAAACUGCUCCCGAAGGGCACCGAACUGACUGCCGAAUUGUUGGACCACUACGCCAACAUCAACGUGACCAUCCCGAACGAUGAUUACUUUGCACACGGGGAAAAAGUGGUCGAGUAUUUCAAACAAGCUGCCGGCGGACUGAGUGAGCUGGAAAAGAUGUGGCGAGAGCACUUUCUGCAAACGAUGAAGCCCAAAUGUCUGCCGGAGCUGUGGUCGGUGGAGCAUAAUUACAAGAGGUUGGAAAUCCGUGCCGACGAGGGUCGUGUCGAUGAGCAGGAUCUUCUUAUAGCUGGUGUUCCGAUCCCAUUCAACAGGAAUGCAUCAUCGGAAAACAGCAGUGGAAGCAAUGGAGCUAGCGACCCUUACAGCUACAGUUACAGUCAGGAGGUCUCCGUAUCGUCAUCCAUCAUAAUCGAGCAAACAGGCCGCGAAAGUGACGACUUCGAAAACGACAACGACAGUACGACAAAAGAUGUGUCGUCCUACCGGGACGAAGAAGCGGCCAUCGAUCUAGCUAGCCAAUCCAACGAGGAAACGGCAUUCUACUCCGAUCGCGAUGAAUCGGAAACAUUGUUCGGUUCGGUUGGCGUUGCGUCCGAAACCACCCUCGGUAAGACGUUCCAAACGAUUCAAACCAACGGUCAACCACCGUCGGCGAAGAUGGCCUCGGAUGAUGGAGACGACGAAAGUGAAAUGGCCACGAUCAACGACUUUGCUUCGAUCGAAACGCACAGCUAUGACUCGGACGAUUCAGAUUCGACCCUAUCGCAGCCCUCGAUGACGCUGCUCAACUCGACCGACGACUGGGAAGCUGAAGCUAACGAGCCAAGCGUGAAUGGGAAUGUGCUGAUCACGCCGGGUACCUCAUCCAAAGGUAAGUUUUAACCAGAACAUUAUGGUGUGCAUUUAUCUUAAUUG